UCCACUUUUCACAAGCGGUCAAGUUUCUGAUUCAAUGCGAUCACAAGCCAAAUUCGGUUUACUUUUCGGAAUUGCACUUUGCCUCUUUCUUUUGACGGUAUCCUUUCUCUGACGUUCUGGAAAUGAGUAUCUGGGACCCCAUUUGGUGUGGAGAGAGCACGUUUGAGUAUGCAGCUUCUAAAUGUCGAAUCAAAGUUCACUGUGUUUUUCUGUUUAAAUUGAAUGGAUGAAGCCUCCUAGAGUUUCUCAUCUGAAUAAGAAUGCAAAUCUACACAAAAACAUAAAACUAUUGGCCCUUUGCGCCUAUUCCGCUGUACAGGUAGAUGAAACAAGAUAAAGAAUGUUAAAUCUGAGGGCAAGGUAGGCACAUAGGACCCUGAGCUGUGAAAUUUCAUCAGAAAAAUUGAAAACUACAAUGGAAAGUAGGAGUAAAUUUUGCUCUGUUCCAAUUUCCGCCACGGUCUGGUUGUCUAUCUUGGACCCCCAAAAUUCUCAUUUUUAUUUAUGCAAUUUCGAAAGUAAACCCUGGUCUCGUCAGGAGCCAGCUAGGAGUAUUAAGGAAAAUGGAGAGCACAACUGUCAGUAAAACACUUGAUUGACGAAACGCACCUGCCGUCUGCAGGGAGGUAAUUAAUUAGUCAUACAACUCCCAUUGGUUGAAAGUUUACGUGAGGUCAUCCUAGGAAACGCGCACGUCGUGUGUUCAGCACUGUGGAACAUUUCGAUGACUAUAAAGUGGCACACGGAAGCCGAUUAGUGUGCACAGUACUGAAGAUGGCGGGGGACAAAGCCGGCGAUGGUGUCCACACUCGUCACGUCAAAAUCCUGUAUUUUGGCUUAGCACUGCUGUCGAUCUUCACGUUAGCCUGUUUUGUGGUCACCUACGUCUUCGUGACGCAGCUGAGAACCGAGCUUGGCCAGAAAUGUUCGUGUCCGGACGGCGAGAUGCUGUUUGACAUCACCGUUCUGCCGUCGAGCGGCUCCACGGGUGACUCGGCACGGGGCCCCGGGCACAAUGACCGCGGUGGUAUCCAGGCGGCGGAGCACCAACAUCGCCGCCGUCAUCAUCACGAAAGCCAAGUACGAGCCGAGUUGGAGCUGAGCGCACCAGGCGAGCGGGGCACCGAUGACCUGCGGGGGCUGAACAGGGUGCGUAGAGGAGUCACUCAAGGGGACGAGGAUCCUAAUUCAUUUAGGGCCACGUCCAUCGAGGCUUAUGCCAGACUACCUAUUACCAUUUCGAUUGACUCGAUCACAGCAUUUUGUAACAAGACUAUAAGCAAAUGUCCACCAGGACCCCAAGGUCCAGCUGGCAAACAGGGUAGCCCAGGACCACAAGGCCCUCCGGGUAAGCAGGGUGCAGAGGGCCCGAUGGGUGAACCAGGAAGGCCCGGGGAAGAGGGUACGAACUGCAACUGCAGCUCAGACAAUUUCACCCUGUUGCUGGAGAAAACAACAGAGUUGGCACUGGGAACAGUAAUUGGGCAGCCUGGACCCAAGGGUGAAGCUGGGGAGAUCGGACCUUCUGGACCUCCGGGUCAAAGUGGUGAAGCAGGACCACAGGGGCCACCAGGGGCUAGAGGUGACCAGGGGGAUGUUGGACCAAUGGGUCCACCUGGUGAACUAGGACAGAAGGGUGACAUAGGGGAUGAGGGACCCCAAGGACCCAGAGGUGAUCCGGGGCUAGCUGGACUUGAUGGGAUGCCUGGUGAUCCAGGACAAAAGGGCGAAGUAGGGGAGCCAGGACCGGUAGGUCCCCAAGGACCAAUUGGCCCACCUGGAGCCAUUGGGUCCCAGGGCCCUGAUGGAAGCCCAGGACAAAAGGGUGAUUCUGGUGAGAUUGGACCCCCUGGAGAGCAAGGUGUUCCAGGCAACCAUGGCCGACAUGGUAAGCACGGAAUGAAGGGGGAUAAAGGUGAGAAGGGUGAACUGGUUUUCCCAGGACCAAUUCGGAUGAAAGGUGACCAAGGUGACACUGGACCAGCGGGCAUGCAAGGAUUGAAAGGAGAGGCCGGCAAGGAUGGCACAAACUGCUCUUGUGUUGACCCCGAUGCUGACAUGAUGGCAGAGUUACUUCUUCCAACUUCUGCCGCAGCAAAGCAGCAGCUUGCAGGUCCCCCUGGCCCACCUGGUCCCCAAGGCCCGAAAGGUGAAAAGGGUGAGGCAGGUCUCAGGGGCUAUAAGGGUGACAUGGGUCCCCAGGGUGACCUAGGUCCACAAGGACCUGAGGGCCCGAAUGGCACAGCAGGCAUGAAAGGUGCAAAGGGUGAUGUGGGUGCAAUUGGACCACCAGGGCCCAGGGGUCGUAGAGGUGACACUGGGCUGGAGGGCGCCAGAGGUCAGAAGGGUGAAAGAGGACAAGAGGGGCUUAUAGGUCCUGAUGGGGCUGCUGGACUUAAAGGUGAGAAAGGUGACCAAGGAAAUGUAGGUGAUACUGGACCCAUUGGACCACCCAGAGUGAGGGGAGAAAUGGGAGAUCUGUGUAAUGUUACUGCUUUCCUUAAGGAAUUGAUGGAAUUGGACAAUGAGACUCGCAAGCUUAUCCAGGGUCCACCCGGGCUGAGGGGUUCACCAGGCCCCAUUGGCCCCAAUGGGAAACAGGGAGAGCAGGGCCCCCGAGGGGAUAAAGGUGACACUGGGGAGGCUGGGAUAGUGGGCCCACAGGGCCCCGUAGGCCCACCUGGCAUGAAAGGCACUCCGGGUGCGAAGGGCCUGGCUGGAUCCUUUGGCUACCCAGGCGAUCCUGGUGAGAAUGGGGACCCAGGACCUCCUGGACCCCGAGGGCCUGUUGGGGACCCGGGGCUACAAGGCCAACCGGGCAUCGAUGGGCUUCCGGGCAAGGAAGGGGCCAAGGGGGACAUGGGUGACAGAGGCUCAGAUGGGUUACCGGGUCCCAUAGGGGUACCGGGGUUACCUGGAGCCAAUGGAACCCAGGGAUCUCCUGGACAAAAAGGAGACAAAGGAGACCGAGGAAAACUUGGUCCCGAGGGACAGCCUGGACGAGAGGGGACCAGAGGACAGAAAGGAGAGAAGGGAGACCGAGGCAUCGCAUCUGGUAUGGUAGAACUCGGCAAUUCUGGUGAUAAUGGAAAGCCAGCCCCUUCAAAGACUACAGAUGACCCCACGCCCACUACAAAACCCAAACAACCACCAGCAGUUGAAAUGGAGAGCUCUCCAAAUGCAGAGUGCGUGCUGGAAAAGAUCGGUGCUCCCGUAGACCACGAGUAUGGUAAUACCUACUGGGGUUCUUGGAUGCAGGAUACCGCCCCAGACCCACCUUACCCCGACAAGAUAUGGAUCACCAAGCAUCUCCUUGGAGACGUAAUUUAUGAAUACAAAAAUAUGGCCGCCCUUAAGUCGGGCAUAUACUCUCGGUACUAUCGCCUGACAGAUGUCUGGUCUGGUACGGGCCAUGUAAUCUACAACAAUGCCUUGUACUACCACAAUGGUGGCUUGCCCGAAAUAGUGCGCUAUGACAUGAGCUCAGAGAGGGUCACAGCCCGGGGCACCAUCCCGUUUGCCCUGUACCGCAGGAUGAAUGGAUACGGGUACCUCUACGACUCAGACUAUACCUACCUUGAUCUGGCCAUCGACGACAAUGGACUUUGGGUGGUAUAUAAGACCACAGAGCACAACCAGAACCUUGUAGUGUCCAGAGUGGACCUGGAAAAUCUCUCAAUCAUCAAGACGAUUGUUUCCAAUCACCCCCAGAGCUCUGCUGGGGACGCCUUCAUCAUCUGCGGCUGGUUGUAUACUACCAAGAGCUCCAAGAACUUCCACUCCACCGUAGACUUUGCUGUGAAUCUUUACACCGGAGAUGAACUGGCUGACGCGGAUAUCCCCUAUCAGAAUGGCCACAUGCAGAUGACCGUGAUGUCCUACAACCCAAGGAAUCAACUGAUAUAUGGCUGGGACAAGGGGUACAUGGUGACAUACAAUGUCACCUUGACUACUUAACCCUGAUCAAAAUGAAGUCGGUGGCGUAACUAAGGGGGUGGGGGGGGUUAAUCCUCAUUUGCAGUGCCCAACUUUUGAAAACCUUAAAAAUGAACACAAGAAAUAUAUACAAGCCAAAGUUCAUUUGCUUUCUGAGUCCCUUUGAAAAACUAGUGCACCCUGGGUGCCUCUCCCCC